AUAGAACAGCUGGUAACCAAACAAGUUGGCACUAUGCGGUCAAACUGACACUGCAAACAAUGCGAACGAUUUAUAAACGGCGGUCAUCGCGCAGCUCAACAUAGUCUACGAAUUGCCCCUUCCAAAUGUGCCGCCUACUUCUUGCUCUCCUCGUUCUCGUUGCAGUCACGUUAGCUCAGAGACAAGAUUUGCUAUCACACGCUGUCGGCCCAUGCAUCAACGGGCGGUGCCAACCAGGACACUCUUGCUACUUCGACGAAUGCAUCCCCAGCUCACUCAUGCCGCGCAGCAGAGCAAAGCGAAACUUUGAGACACCGGCUCUAAGUGCGGGCAAAUGUGUCAACGGUAUGUGUCCAGCCGGUUAUGUAUGCACUGAGACGAACUGCAUAAGAGCUUGAGGAAAUACGGAGCGCUUACGUCCAUUAUGG